UGCACCGCGGCCUCAUUCCGGGGCGGGCGGGCGCGGAGCGCGGCGCGGGCGGGCGGACGAGCGGGCCGAGCUGGCUGAGGAUGCCGCUCGGGGCACCGCGGUCCUCGUGCCAGUGAGCGCCGCCGCAGCCAUGACGGUGGAGUUCGAGGAGUGCAUCAAGGACUCGCCGCGCUUCAGGGCGACUAUCGAUGAGGUGGAGACCGAUGUGGUCGAGAUCGAGGCCAAGCUGGACAAGCUGGUGAAACUGUGCAGCGGCCUGAUCGAGGCUGGCAAGGCCUACGUCGCAGCCAACAGGCUCUUCGUGAGCGGCGUCCGGGACCUGUCUCAGCAGUGCCAGGGUGACACGGUCAUCUCGGAAUGUCUGCAGAGGUUUGGAGACAGCCUCCAGGAGACGGUCAACUACCACAUGAUCCUGUUUGACCAGGCCCAGAGGUCCGUGCGGCAGCAGCUCCACAACUUCAUCAAAGAUGACGUGCGGAAGUUCAAGGAGACCAAGAAGCAGUUUGACAAAGUGCGGGAGGACCUGGAGCUGUCCCUGGUGCGGAACGCCCAGGCCCCGAGGCACCGGCCGCACGAGGUGGAGGAGGCCACGGGCGCCCUGACCCUCACCCGCAAGUGCUUCCGCCACCUGGCGCUGGACUACGUGCUGCAGAUCAAUGUUCUCCAGGCGAAGAAGAAGUUCGAGAUCUUGGACUCCAUGCUGUCCUUCAUGCACGCCCAGCACAGCUUCUUCCGGCAGGGCUACAGCCUGCUGCACCAGCUGGACCCCUACAUGCAGAAGCUGGCGGCCGAGCUGGACCAGCUGGUGAUCGACUCAGCAGUGGAGAAGCGGGAGAUGGAGCACAGGCACGCAGCCAUCCAGCAGCGGACACUGCUGCAGGACUUCUCCUACGAUGAGCCCAAAGCGGAGUUUGACGUGGAUGCGCCCAGUGGCGUGGUGAUGGAGGGCUACCUCUUCAAGCGGGCCAGCAACGCCUUCAAGACGUGGAACCGGCGCUGGUUCUCCAUCCAGAACAGCCAGCUGGUCUACCAGAAGAAGCUGAAGGACGUGCUGACCGUUGUGGUGGACGACCUCCGCCUGUGUUCCGUGAAGCCGUGUGAGGACAUCGAGCGGAGGUUCUGCUUCGAGGUCGUGUCGCCCACCAAGAGCUGCAUGCUGCAGGCCGAUUCCGAGAAGCUGCGGCAGGCCUGGGUGCAAGCCGUGCAAGCCAGCAUCGCCUCCGCCUACCGGGAGAGCCCCGACAGCUGCUACAGCGAGAGGCUGGAUCGCACGGCGUCCCCAUCCACCAGCAGCAUCGACUCGGCCUCGGACUCCCGCGAGCGCGGCGUCAAGGGCGAGAGCGUGCUGCAGCGCAUGCAGAGCGUGGCCGGCAAUGGCCAGUGCGGCGACUGCGGCCAGCCGGACCCCCGCUGGGCCAGCAUCAACCUGGGCGUGCUGCUCUGCAUCGAGUGCUCAGGCAUCCACCGGAGCCUGGGUGUCCACUGCUCCAAGGUGCGGUCCCUGACCCUGGACUCGUGGGAGCCUGAGCUGCUGAAGCUGAUGAGUGAGCUCGGGAACAGCACCGUGAACCAGAUCUACGAGGCCCAGUGCGAGGCGCUGGGCAGCAGGAAGCCCACGGCCAGCAGCCCCAGGCAGGACAAGGAGGCCUGGGUCAAGGACAAGUACGUGGAAAAGAAGUUCCUGCGGAAGCCACCCUCCUCGCUGGCUCGGGAGGCCCCGCGGCGCUGGCGGGCGCUGAAGAGCCCCGGCCGCCACGGCUCCCCCCGCGUGCCUGCCACCCGCCGCAAAGUCCGGAUGGAGCCUGUCCUGCCCUCGGUGGCUGCUCUCUCCUCAGGCGCCAUGGAGCGCAGGUUCCGGCGGGACUCCCUCUUCUGCCCCGACGAGCUGGACUCUCUCUUCUCCUAUUUUGACGCAGGGGCUGCUGCCGCCGGUCCUCGCAACCCCACAGGUCUGAGCAGCGACAGUGGCUUAGGGGGUAGUUCCGACGGCAGCUCGGACGUCUUGGCCCUCGGCGUGGGCUCCGUGGUGGACAGCGUCACUGAGGAGGAGGGCGCGGAGUCAGAGGAGUCCAGCGGCGAGGCUGAUGGAGAGGCGGAGGCCUGGGGCCUGGCGGACGUGCGCGAGCUGCAUCCGGGACUUCUGGCGCACCGUGCCGCGCGUACCCGUGACCUCCCCGCGCUGGCCGCGGCGCUGGCCCACGGGGCCGAGGUCAACUGGGCAGACGCAGAGGACGAGGGCAAGACGCCACUGGUGCAGGCCGUGAUAGGGGGCUCUUUGAUCAUCUGCGAAUUCCUCCUGCAAAACGGAGCGGACGUGAACCAAAGAGACAGCCGGGGCCGGGCGCCCCUGCACCACGCCACGCUCCUGGGCCACACCGGCCAAGUCUGCCUGUUCUUGAAGCGGGGUGCGGACCAGCACGCUUUGGACCACGAGCAGCAGGACCCGCUGAGCAUCGCGAUCCAGGAGGCUAAUGCUGACAUCGUGACGCUGCUCCGUCUGGCGCGCAUGGCCGAGGAGAUGCGAGAGGCCGAGGCGCCCUCGGGCCAGCCGGGCUCCCUGGCGGGCAGCAGCCCCACCGAGCUUCAGUACCGCAGGUGCAUUCAGGAGUUCAUCAGCCUCCACCUGGAGGAAAGCUAGGGCGGGUGGACCUGGCCACCUGGCCCUUGUCCGGAGUCCAGGGGCCCCCGCAGCCUGCGCUGCCCUCCUCCUCGGAGCCGCCACAAACCGCAGGGCCGGGGGAGGGGCCCAGCACUGAGUCUCCUGAAGCCCCGCGUUUCCCCGGAGGUGCUGCAUCGUCUGGCGCCCCUCGCCCCACGCGGGACCCCAUGUCUUCAGCGGACUCCUCCUGGCAGCCCGGGGUGCUCCUGUCACAAACUACCCUCAAGGCCCUGUGUCGCCUCGUGCCCCCGUUCUCGGGGCCCCUGUCACCUUGUGCCCCCACUCUUAUUGCCCCAGAUAGUGACCUGCUAGUUAGGUCCCUCCUGCACACCCCCAGAGCCCCUCCACGAGGCCCUGAGGCUGGUGGCCGGCCACCAGCUCCCUGCAAGGGGGAAGGGGCAGCCCAUCCAGGGAACAACCCGUGUACCUCACUUAGUGACCCCGGCGUCCAGGCCGGGCUUCUCUGGUGCUGGGGGGCACGUCUGGCAUGGAGCCUCAGCCCUGGCUGGACGCGGGCGUCCCGAGGCCACGUGGCUGGCCACGUGGGCCCCUUGCUGGUGGCCCUGGACCGGGCCCCUGCCUCCCCCAGAGGUCCUUGGCUCAGAACAGGUGCAUGAAGGGCUCCCUGCACCCUGCGUUCAGUGCACUCUCUCGGACCGAGGGACUUCCUGCAGCCGCCUCGCUCUCGCCUCCUCCCUCUGCGGACCCUGGAGGAGCAGCUUGACCCCAGCUCUGCCUGCUGCCAGGGAGGCCCCUGCAGCUCUGCCCCUGCUCCCCGGCCCACUGCACAGGCCAGGCCCUCGGACGGGCCGGGUCCUUCAGUUCACUCCCCAGGGCCCACGAUGCCUCCUGCGCCCCCUGUUCUGGGAGCCCUGGGGCAGCAGCUGAGCCUCUGCCCAACUCGGGCCCUCGAUCAGGCCACGGCCAGUUGGCUGGUCACUAUGCAAAGGCUGCCCAAGGAGGCUCCAUGGGCGGCAAGGUGGGCACUGACCGGGCCACCCAAGUCCCUCACCUGCUGGCUGUGACCCCUGAUGAGCAGAAUUAACUCCUUCCUGUCUCCCUGCUUGAGCUGUGUCCCCACUUCCCGCCCCACUGCCUGCCGGGGCCUCGCGCCUGCACCGCAGGCUGGCGGGCCUGCCCCCCCGGAUCGCUCGGUAAUAAACUGCCACACGC